GCACCCUUGCCUUACUCUGGCCCCACAGGUCUGUCUGUGCCCUGCUGUCUCUCCAGUAUCUCCCAAGGCCUGGGUGGCUCAUUUUGCCCUUUGCCCCAUGCAUUUCCACCUACCUUCCAUGCUUUCUCUUAUGCCCCACCCCCAGCUUUCAUUCUCUGCUUUCCCCAUAUCCCCUCAUGGUUCCCUGAGUACUCUCCUGGUUCUUUCUGUGACCUCCCGACUCCCCUAGUGCCCUCCUGAGACCUCCAUGUUUCUGUGUGAGUUUCUUUCCCUCCACGUCCCCUGCGUGUCCUCCCAUGUCUCCCGUGUGAGCCCUGUGUGACCCUCACUGUCCUGUGUCCCUUCACGUUCCCGCGGCAGGACCCUUCGCAGCUCGUUUCUACUCCUUCUACUGGUCAGUGCCUCCUGGCUCUUUGGCCUCCUGGCGGUCAACCACAGCAUCCUGGCCUUCCACUACCUCCAUGCCGGACUCUGUGGGCUCCAGGUAACUCUGGCGCCCCUCCCUCACCCUGGACCAGAUGGGGCUUCAGUAGGGUGGGGCCCAGGGCCUUGACCCCAGGCCUAGAGCUGACUCCCACCUGAUGGCUGACACCAGACUACUGCUGAUCCUGGAUUGACCUUCACCAGUGCUGAGGCUCCUGGCCGCUUGCUGGUCCACAUUGACCUUCACUGACCCCGGUCACUCAUGCCACUCUGACCUCUCACUUCCUCUGCUGACUUUCCCUGAUUCCCUUACUGGGUCCCCCCUUGGGCUUCUCACUGCCUCACUCUAAUCUGCAAUGACCGAUCCCACUUGCUGACCCACAGUGACUUACACCAGACCUACCUGACCCCCUUGUGGCCCUACUCUGACCUCUGCCUCAUUUCUGACCUCUCACUGACCUUUACUAUCCCCUCAAUGAUCCUUGCUGACCCGCAGGGCCUGGCGGUGCUGCUGCUCUUCUGUGUCCUGAACGCAGAUGCUCGGGCUGCCUGGACACCAGCCUGUCUGAGCAGGAAGGCAGCGCCCGAGGAGGCCAGGCCAGCACCUGGGACGGGCCCCGGGGCCUACAACAACACGGCCCUCUUCGAGGAGAGCGGCCUCAUCCGCAUCACUCUGGGCGCCUCCACCAUCUCCUCAGUGAGCAGUGCCCGCUCUGGCAGGACCCAGGACCAAGACAGCCAGCGGGGCCGCAGCUACCUCAGGGACAAUGUCCUGGUUCGACAUGGCUCGGCUGCCGACCACACUGACCACGGCCUCCAGGCUCACGCUGGCCCCACUGACCUGGAUGUGGCCAUGUUCCAUCGAGAUGCUGGUGGAGGUGCAGACUCUGACUCUGACAGUGACCUGUCCUUGGAGGAGGAGAGAAGUCUGUCCAUCGCAUCCUCAGAAAGUGAGGACAAUGGCCGGACGCGGGGGCGUUUCCAGCGUCCACUCCGCCGGGCAGCCCAGAGUGAGAGGCUCCUUACACACCCCAAAGAUGUGGAUGGCAAUGAUCUCUUGUCCUACUGGCCAGCCCUGGGGGGAUGUGAGGCUGCUCCCUGUGCUCUGCAGACCUGGGGCUCUGAAAGGCGCCUGGGACUGGACACCAGCAAGGACGCAGCCAACAACAACCAGCCGGACCUGGCCCUGACCAGUGGAGAUGAAACCUCCUUGGGUCGGGCCCAGCGCCAGAGAAAAGGCAUCCUGAAGAACCGAUUGCAGUACCCGCUGGUGCCACAGACCCGGGGCGCCCCUGAAUUGUCCUGGUGCCGUGCAGCCACCUUGGGCCACCGUGCUGUGCCAGCUGCCUCCUAUGGUCGCAUCUAUGCCGGAGGGGCCACUGGCAGCCUUUCGCAGCCAGCCAGCCGCUACUCCUCCCGAGAACAGCUGGACUUGCUCCUCAGGCGGCAGCUGAGCCGUGAACGACUGGAGGCCCCUGCCCCUGUUUUGCGUCCCCUGAGUCGGCCAGGCUCCCAGGAACGCCUGGAUGCCAUGCCAGGCCGUCUGGAGCCCAGGGAUCGGGGCAGCACCCUACCACGGAGGCAGCCACCCAGGGACUACCCUGGUGCCGUGGCUGGCCGCUUUGGGUCACGGGAUGCGCUGGACCUAGGGGCGCCCUGCGAGUGGUUGAGCACGUUGCCCCCGCCCCAUGGUGCCCGGGACCUUGACCCACAGCCCCCACCUCUGCCCCUGUCUCCCCAGCGGCAACUCUCAAGAGACCCCCUCUUGCCAUCCCGGCCCCUGGACUCUCUGUCCAGGAGCUCGAACUCAGGGGAGCGGCUGGACCACGUGCCUAGCCGGCACCCCUCGCGAGAAGGCCUUGGGCAACCCCCGCAGCUGCUCAGAGUUAGGGGAGACCCAGCCAGUGGCCCUAGCCACGGCCCCUCCACAGAACAGCUGGACAUUCUCUCCUCCAUCCUCGCCUCCUUCAACUCCUCAGCUCUCUCCUCCGCCGUGCAGUCCUCAAGCACACCCUCGGGCCCUCACACCACUGCCACGCCUUCUGCCACAGCCUCUGCGCUUGCGCCCUCCACACCAUGCUCUGCCACAUCCCACAGCAUCUCGGAGCUGUCACCCGACUCAGAAGUUCCCAGAAGUGAGGGUCACUCCUGAGGGGCAGACGUGCAGAUGAGGACCAGCCGAGGGCGGUGGAGGAUUUGGGCUAACAGAAGAGACUCCAGGAGUUGGGGGCUGACCCCAUGGCAGCCUCCUAUACCCCCGCCCCCCAGCUCUCUCUGUUGCUGUAGUGCUGACUGUCCAUGUGAGCAAGCGUGUAACAUGUGCACGGAAUGAGGGAGCUGAAGGGAGGACUUUUAUACGUUUUGUACCUUUGUAACCAGAGAAAUAUGCUUAUGUUAUUUUUCAGCUUUUCUGUCUCCCGGGGUUCUGAGGCUGGGCUGGGAGGGGGAGGGGGACAGAGGGAAAGAGGUGCAGAGUUUCCACCCAUUUGGGUCCCUGGCAAUUUAAUUGUUCUUUCCUCUCAUCUUACUGGGGUGGAUUCAGACAGGAGGGGUAAAUUCUCCCCCCGCCCCAUUCCCUGGUUGAUCUGAAUAUUGUCAGGGCCCAAAGUGCAGAAUUAGUCUUUGCUUUUUCUUGGAUGUCCCACAGGCCAAACUUUUGGGACUGGGGGUUGGUCUUGGAAACAGGGGUCCUCUGACCUCCUCACAGGGGCUCGCUCGCUCAUGCCGCCCCUCCCCGUGGAUGUGUGUGUUUAUUAUGUGGAGUCCCUGCCACUUACUGCCUUAUGACCCAGGACUGAUGCUGUGGAGCGUUGAUGGAGCAGCAGAUGUCAUGUUUACAGAUCAAGGCUUCCCUUUCUCCCAUGGGGAGGGGCUCAGGCCUCUAUUCAGACAUUCCUGCAGAGGGUGGAUGGAGGGGUCACAGCCCCUGCCCCUGCUGUGAACAAAAGUUGUCUGUGGUGCCAUUUAAUUCCCUGACACUGCCCCCUGCUAGAAUUUAUUCUGAAGGGUGGGGUAGGAGGGGGAGCAAGGGGAGCAAAAACAAGGGAAUUAAAGACUCAGAAUGUAGGUGCCACUGCCUCCCAUGUUUACAGGAGCCUCCCUGGCCCUAGGCACCCGGGCUGCAGGAAGUGACUCUUCCAUCCCUCCUUUAUUCCCUUGUAAAGGGAAAAAUGACUGUUAGGACCCUGUUCACAAACUCUCACUUUUAUUACUUUGUCUGAUGUCCAGAACUGGGGACUUUAAAAUUUUGUUACUUUGUUUACAGGUCAAGACUUAAAACAUUCUUCACCUUUGUUUACAAUUUAAAACUUUGAACUUUUACACUUUGUUUACAGUUGAGAAUGUUUUUUUCCCUUCGUUUACAAGUGAAAGGUAGAGAAAGU